AUGAGCCGAGGACGUGGUAUCGCAAUUGAACUGCUUCUACUCUUAAGCAAUUCUUACUCGGUUUCCGAUGAGGACAGCUCACGAAUUCAGUCCAACCGACAACUCUUCCUUCCAACUGAAGAGUCAUAUUUGAAGGAAAGACGGGCAAGGAAGAAAAUAUGUCGACACGGAACGGAUCUGGUGGAUGAGAGUUUUGUGCUGAAUCCGGAUUCUUCUUUCACUUCUUGGCCUAGACGAUACACUUCAGGCGUUUGA